AAAGUCGUUAAAACUAAUUUCUAACUUGCACAUACAGACUUAUAAAGUCCCACUACAAAACCAAAAAAAUGAUAAUAACUAUUCAACAAACAUUUGAAAUCCUCUAACGAGUUCAAAUCCUUUAACGGUUAAACGUAACAGUACAUGCGCCAGCAACCGUGUUGCUAAAUUUGUAUUUUUUUUAGGCCAAUUAGUUGUUUUAGAAGUGGUAAAGAAGUUGUUUUUUAAUUUGAAUUGGGAUAAACAUAACAUGGCCGAAAUGUCUCCGGGAGAUAAAUUAAUUAGUGGUGCUACUCGCAAAUUGGGCCAUCUCAAGAUGGCCAAAGUUAUGUUCUUAAUCAUAUCAGCAAUUGUUUGUGUAAUCAUAUUUUAUGCCAAUACAAGCGUAAUUGGUAGGCGGUCACUGUUUGCACUGUUUCUUAGCAAUCGCAAUUCAGCAGCAGCAGCCACGGCUGUGGCAGACACCACAUACGGGGGCGAAUUAUUAACAAGUCCUGAAAAGGAAACAACACUGCCACAUGACCAACAACGACUACAAAAUGAACAACAAGAACAAAAUAAAAAAGCUGAUUUUGAAGACACUCUCAGAUAUAGAUCUCAAGACUUUGCUACGACGACAACCAGGAAAAAAUCCCGCAAGUCGUUGGUUAUGAAAACAUUGCUCGUUAAGCCACCGUCCACGCGAAAUGCAUCGGUGCAAAUAUUCAAUUUAAGUUCAACAGUAUUAGGAACGGGAACUGGCACCUCCAGCUCAGACUACAACAUUUUUGUUAUAUACACCAAGGAGAACUAUCAGCUGCAUGUCAAAUUUGAAUUGUUCAUUAAGAGCCUCUUGAAAUUUGCCAACUCUGGAGUGUUGCUGCACCUGCAUGUUCUCACCGAUGAGACGAGUGGCCAUUCUGUGGAUCAAAUUUUAGAAAUUGAAGUUCGUCGUUAUAGACGUUCUAUUAUUUAUAGUUUAUACAAUAUGCGUUUGUGUGCGGAGGAAGUGGUGGACAUUGUGAACACGAUGACGCCGUACUUCAGCUCAACACCCAAAUCGUACUAUAGUGAUUCGUUAUUCUUCCUGUCGUUGGGAUUGCAUCGCAUUGCCGACGAAAAUAUGGAACGUGCAAUAUUACUAGAUUGUGACAUAGUCUUCCGCACCGAUGUCCGUCUAUUGUUCAACGAAUUCGAUAGAUUUUCUCCCGAUCAUCUGUAUGGCUUGGCGCCGGAGUUGACUCCCGUCUAUCGCCACAUUCUCUACAGAUAUCGAGCCAAUUAUCCAAAUACCGACUUUGGCAGCCCCUUCUACAUGUCAACGAGUGAAAUCCAUAAUAUGGUUUCCGAAGAGUCCCAGCAUACUCAACACAAACUAAGAAAAUCAGAAAGACAUGGCCUAAGGCAUGGUUAUCCCGGUCUCAAUUCGGGUGUUGUAUUGCUGCAUCUGAAACGUAUACGAAAAUCGCAUGUAUACCAUCAGCAGCUACACGACACAGAAGUUCGGAAACUUACCUCAAAAUACAUGUUCAAAGGACAUUUGGGUGAUCAGGACUUUUUCACUUUGCUCGGCUACGAAUUUCCCAAUCUCAUCUAUCGUCUCGAUUGUGUUUGGAAUCGUCAAUUGUGUACAUGGUGGAAGGAUCAUGGCUACAGUGAUGUCUUUGACAAGUACUUCACUUGCAAGGGUCGCAUCAAAAUGUAUCACGGCAAUUGUAAUGCCCGAGUGCCCGAAUAAUUCUGCUACCUACCUAUGUACAUGCGGAACCAACAUACAUACAUAUACCGAUAACGUGUGUUCAUUUACUCACUAGCUCACAGACUCACUCACACUGGAAUUUCUCACGAAACCAUCAUCACAUCUCUCUGAAGACAAUGAUUGUAUCAACAAUAAUUUAGCCUUUAGCCGGUAGUUAGGUGUUAAUAAGAAUAUCAAAAAAAUUAUAUUCGAAAAAAAUCGAAAUUAAAGAAAAUAUAUUAAACAUAGUUAUUAGUUUUUAUUUGUGAUAUCGCUCGUAUAUUAUAUACUACUACAUACAUACAUACUUAUAUUUCAAAUAUACAACAACAACAAAAACAAUAAUAAAACAAUACAUACUCAACAAAAAAAAUCUAUUUCUUAUUCUUCUUACUAAAACUCUUCGAAAUUGUACCCGAAAUUUAAGUAGUUUAAAUGAAAAUACAAGUUACGAUUGAUUAUAUUACCUUUUAUGUAAGUUAUAGAAGUGCAUACAAUGGUUAUGCACAUUAAUAGAUUUAUAGUAUAUAUUCAAUAAAUAAAAAUACAUACAUAUAUUUAAAGAAAGAAAAAAUUAUAAUAAAGAAUUGAACAUUCCUUAAAUUA